UCAAUAGGCAGUACAAAUCUGCGGUUUUGAGAAAUUUUCAACCAUUUAUAAUACAUAGGGGGGAAAAUCGGGCAAUUUAACGCAUAACGGCAACAAGAUGGAUCCCUCUUUACUCAAGGACUUAAAGGAUUUCAAAAAACGGAGUGCUACUCAGCCAACAAUCGAAGCAAAGAGGGCAAAGCCGACUCCUUCGAGACCCAAACCUUCGCCUGGUUUACCAAAAGAACUUCUACAGCCCAAAAAAGCAAUGAGUUCUCCUUUGGGUGUCACUGCACCUAAGUUCCGAAGCAAGCACAGGUUCGCUGUAAUGGCAGCUAUAGUUAAUUUUAUGAAGGAUAGACAUCUAAAAAGAGUAUAUGAAGAGUUGAGUUUAGAUGAAAUCCUUGAUCAGAUCAACUAUACUGACAUAAGUCCUAGUGAUAAAACAUGGCUGGGCCAGGAAGCUCUGAAAAAGAACCCUAAACUCACCUGUAAUGAUGAUAAGUAUGCGUUUAAUUCCAAGUACAAAAUCAAAGACAAAAGACAACUUCUGAAAUUACUAGAGAAGCAUGAAGAAAGAGGUUAUGGAGGGAUCUUUCUUGAUGAUAUCCGAGAGAGCUUACCAGAUGCUGAUAAUGUCAUUAGAUCAGUACAAAACAAGAUUUUCUUCAUAACAAGAUCGGACAAAAAAGUGGUGCUAUUCAACAAAAAUAAAACGGAUGAAAUGAAAGUGGACGAGGAAUUCCAGAAGCAUUGGAGGGCAAUAUCUGUUGACGGCAUUGGAGAGGCUGAUAUUGACAAGUACCUUAACAAUGCUGGUAUUGCCGCAAUGCAAGAUUCUGGUUUGAGUAAGCAACAACAAGCACCACAGCGCAAGAAGAUCAGGAGGAAGAAAGCAACUAAGAUACACAAUGUUCAUUUAGAUGACAGCACGCUAAAGGAUUAUACCAAGGAAAGCUAGAAUUAACAACUGAUGGCAGAAUAUCGGGCAGAAGGUGCUAUAUCUAAGCCAAUUUUAAUGCUAGUUUUGAAUGGCUACUCAAGCUGGGGUCUAUUGCGAUAUUCCCCGGGCGUACACUGAAAGGGGUACCCUGUUUAUGAC